GUUCUGCAAACCGGAACCAGGUGAUGCUUCCUUAUAAACGUAGACGAUCUUGGUAACAAGCAUGGCGGUGGCGUGGACAUGAAUGUCAUGCUCAUUGACUGUAGGCAAUGUUAUUCUUAUCUAUUUAACCAUUGCUUGAAUAAGUUCAUGUUUGGGUACGGUUCAGGCUGACAUAUAAGUCACAUCUUGUGGAGCUGUGCCUUCACUUACCUCAGGACAAGAAUCUUAAAAACCGUAAUUUACUCGACUCGUUAGCUGACCUGCUCUCAUGUUAGCAUUUUAGCUAACCAAUCGACAAGUUCAGACUGAAUCACGAUGGAUCCUGACCAACAGCUAAGAAAUCUGCGGGAUUUUCUUCUGGUUUACAACCGCAUGACUGAAAUCUGCUUCCAGCGAUGCACCAGCAACUUCAAUUACAGAAACCUCACCAUGGACGAGGAGCACUGUGUGGACAGCUGUGCAGGCAAGCUGAUUCGCUCCAACCACCGCCUGAUGGGCACCUACGUGCAGCUGAUGCCUCGGAUGGUGCAGCGCCGGGUAGAGGAAAUGGAGAGCAAGGCUACAGAGAAUGCCAAGGCAGCUGCUUCUGCAUCUGUGAUGCCCCCUGUCACAGAGGCCUCAUCGGCAUCUCAGACCACCAUCACCUCAUCACCACCCCCACAAAUACCUGGACUGUUAGCAGCUGAUGCUGGACCAGAGGCCCGUGGCUCACUUUCAAAGCCAGCAGGAUUAGACAUACCAGUUGAGCUGGAUGCUGCUGUAUUCAAGUCCACAACAGCUACAGAAGUGAAAUUAUCAGCUGCCACACCACUCACACCUGCAACUGAAACAGUAAAUCCCUCAGUGCUUAAUAAAGCUGGCAGUGGACCAUCUCGUAUGGCAGAAUUUCCUCAGUCACGUAUAGCUGGUACCCAGCUGGAGUCUGGGAGUUUUAUGCCAUCUAAACCAAGUUCCUCAUCACAAGAUGUGCCUUAGCCAGCCGUAGGUGCACCUGCAGUGUCUAAAUCCACAGAGAGCUAGUUGGGUCGGGAGAGAGCCCCAGGAGUUCCCCCUCUGUCAGGCCAGUAAUGAUGCCAAGGCUGCAUCUGUCUCAGAUGGUCAAACUGCUGACGUGGCUCCGACUCCCACCACAAACAGCCCUAAUCUUGCCCUAACUUAUAAACUAAUAGUCCUUGAAGUUUUUUUUUUUUGGAUUUGUCAUAAAAUGUAAAACAACUCUGCCUAAGUAGCAAAUUUAGUGCCCUAUGAUUUAGCGGGAAGAUGAGGAACUGCUGCAGUGAGUAGCAUGGUCAAGGAUGUCACUCAUGAUAAGAAAAGCUGUUAUUGUCAUAGUGGUUAUAAUUUCAGACAAAGUAUGACAAAAACAAGAAAGAAGUUGUAACUCACCAGUUGUCCCCAGAAGUGUUUUGUAAGGUGGCAGGAAAUACUAAAUGAAUCAUCAGGUCUAAAAAUGGCUUUUACUUUUUCAUAUUUUUUUUUUUUUUUUUUUUUUUUCUCAUUUGAAAUACUAAAGGGACCAUGUUGUACUUUGAAAACAUUAAAAGCCACAGCGCUGCUGAAUGUUUGCUGUUGGGGUGUAUGCCACA